ACAAAUCGACGUCGAUUGUCAUCAGUAAGAUCUCGAGAUGGGGCCGGUGUCUACCUUUGGCUUGUUGCUGCUUCUGGUCGUCUGUGCUAGUUGCGCUAGCAAUGAAAACUACGGCAUCAAUCUGUUCAAAGAUUAUUUGAGAAAUGGAAAAGAAUACGAGACUAUCCUCAACGGCGAAAUCCCACCUAAGUAUUUAUAUUUCUACAGAGCUUCUCCAUCACUCCUCUUGCCAGAGGGCGGCGGCUCGAAGAGGAACCAAUUUUGGCGCAGUGUGGGCCGCAGGGAGGUGGAGGAGGACGGGCCGCUUGAAUUCCCUGACGUUGCUAGGGAUAUGGCGGUGGUUCGGCCCAUUGCAGCACGAACAUUCCUCGCGAAGAGAGACGUGGGAGAAGGCGAAGAUCAGAGAUCAAAGGAGGCACCGGCCAAGAAAGCUCUCUUCUCAUGGCCCGCUGAGCCGCGUCGUACCGAUGACUUAAGGUAUACCCAUCCGCCUCACGCGUUGUAAGCGAGAAAUGCGUGUGUAUUUUGGUCCUAUACCUUUGCAGAAUCAAGACUGCCUUGGGCGGAUAUUGAUUAAAAAUAAAGAAAGCUCCCUCACCUCUCUCAGGUGAUGUAUUGUUGUGAAGCAAGA